AAACUGAAUAGUGCGGGAACCAGUGAUAUUGUGAAUGGGACCACAUGUAUCAUUUCCAUCAGAGUGCGGUCGGUUACCAGAUGACCUUUCAUCAGCGCAGGCCGGAGUGAAAAUCCUCGUGUCCGAACGCCGCCGAUAUCGGUGCGUUUUCUGCCCGGAAAAUUCGACAUUCCCAGGGUUUCUGUCGCGCAGUGUAGUUCGUCCAGAGGUUUUGGAAGGUUCCGAUCCAACUCCUGGGGCACCAUGAGCGAAUCUGCGGCAUUGGAAACGGCAGAAAAUGGCACGCAGGUUCCAGCAACGGGACAGCUGGCUAGCGGCGACUGCCAGUUGACCACGCCGUCUUCUGAACCCGAUUCACCCUCGACAUCUGCUUUGUCGACCAGCCCGAGUACACUUCACAGCCCGCCCUUGGUACAAAUUUCCAGUCCUCCAGAGCAAGAUCCAUCCGGCGAUGAUGCUGGUGGAGACACGAGCAGUGGGUCGCUCACCGACGACGCGAACACACCAGGAAAAGACAGAAGCGGCUCGAUCAACGAAAGCCGAUCAGAUGACGGAGGUGGCGAAAGUUCGGAAUGGACGCCCCCGGACGAGGAACUGCAGAACAAAAUCAUCAAGCAGGUCGAGUUCUACUUUUCAGACGCCAACAUCACGAAGGAUGCUUUCCUCCUCAAGCACGUCCGUCGUAACAAGGAAGGCUUCGUCAGUCUCAAGCUCAUCACCUCCUUCAAGAAGGUUAAGAGUCUCACUAAGGACUGGCGGAACGUCCGUCACAGUCUCAAGAGCUCUACCACGCUUGAAGUAAACGAAGAAGGGACCAAAGUUAAACGUAAGGCUCCCUUGCCUGACUACGACGAGACAACGCCUUCAAGGACGGUCGUCGCGGUGAACUUACCAACCGAGAACCCAUCCAUAGAAAACAUCGCUGAGCUUUUCAACAAAUGCGGGGAGAUUUCUCUGAUCAGGGUCCUACGCCCUGGCAAGCCGUUCCCGCCGGACGUGCGCAAGCACAUCGAACGGCACUCCGAAGUCCGCAACAAAGUAUGCGCCCUCAUCGAGUUUGAGAGCGGUCAGUCAGCUCUCAAAGCUGCCAAGAUCAUGACCGAUAAAGACAACUGGCGGACCGGAAUGUCGGUGACAGUACUAGCCAAGGAGAGGAAGAAAGAGAAGAAACAGGCUCAAGAAAAGAGCAAUAAUCGUAAGAGUGCGGAGGGUUUGUCGCCCUCACAGGGCGGUGACCUAACGGCAUCCGACGGCGGAGAAGGGGGCGACUCGGCCAAGAAGAAGAAACGUCAACGGAAGAAGAAAAACGCGAGAGUGGGCGAGUUGGCUGCAGACCGUAUCAAGCAGUCCGGCACACCAAGCUCAUCAGAUGCUGAGAAUUCGCCCCUACCAAGUCGCAGGCAAGUCAGUAAGGCAAUCAGCGUGCCACAGAGUAAGAGCCCCGCCCACCUUAGCCCAAGCAACACCCCUAAAAGCAGUCCCAGCCCCAGCCCCCACGGAAGCCCACGUCAGCAGAGGAAAGUGGUCGGUAGAUCCCCGCUGGCCAACUCCCGGAACAGCCCCCGAGCAAGCCCGGAGAUGGGACGCAAGGUCUACGACAGCUUAUCCGAUCACAGCAACACGUCAAGUCCGUGGGUGCAGCGGCGUAAGUUACUAGCGGCAGCCGUGCCCGAAGGUAGCCCAGCGGGCAGCCCCCUAUUGGCCCGCAAAAAUGUGAUUCAUAACAACGAUCAGGGGGCCUUAGUGAGAUCUCCUCUAGGCCCAGACGGUACAAGAGGUUUUGCUGCUGGGCGCGGUCGUGGUAGGCCUAAAUCUGAGGGCAUGUAACAAUCUUAUUCAUCAGGUAUUCAAGUAAUUGCUACCCAAAUAAUAGGGGAGGGGGUGGGGAUUUUUCUCUUUUUCAGCCAGUUAUUAAGUAAUUGACACCAUUUGCAAACUGUAUUUUUGCCGAUUCAAGGAACAACAAUAGAGUAGGCUGCCGAAGUGAGUACGUCAUGCGCACAAUUAUGUGUGUAAAAAGGGAUUAGAGCAUGACUCGGCCCGUGAAGCAACACGCGCGCGUACUCCAUUUGUUUGCACUACACUUCUCCGUUCAAACUGACGUCACACACUCAACUCGUUUCACACACAAUGAAACCGAAGCAUUUUUUAACCAGUUAGUGCCGGAUUAUUUUGACAUGACCAAACCCAGGCGCGGGAUAGUUUUUCACGAACCUCGGUGCUAGAUGGGUUCAGGCCGUCAUCUGCGGGUAGCACAC